CGAAUUAUAGAACCCUUUAUGUUUACAUAUUUUUCUUGUAAUAAAUUUAAAAUUUUCUUUAUUCAAAUAUUUUUAAUCUUGAGUUAACAAUGACUACAAUAAUUUAAAUCUGUGAAAUAAAACCUUUCUUAAUGGCAAUUAUUCAAAAAUCAGGAAUUGGACUAAAAAAAAAUGAUUAAUUUGAAAGGUUACGAAAAAACUAAAAACACAUGAUAUAAAAUAAACAAUUCUUAUUUUUUAGAUUUAUAUUUAAAAUGAUAGUGAGUGUUAGUCUUAGAUAUGAACUAAAGAAAUUAUUAUCACUAACAAGAAACUUUAAAUUUAUUAAUAGAGAUAAUAAAAGAUUCAUUCAUAAAUAUUCAUAUUUAUAUAAUAAGACACAAAAUAGUGAAAAUAUAAAAUUAAUAACUAAAAAAGAACAUUUUGAUGUUUUAUUUUUUGGUACAGAUGAAUUUGCAUUGGAAAGUCUUCGUAAACUUGAAAGUUAUUACAAAUCCAAUAAAUUACUAAGAAGUUUAGAAGUCGUUUGUUCUUACAAUGGAUAUGAAAACGUAAUUAUUAAAUUUUGUAAAGAUCACAAAAUAAAAAUCCAUUCUUGGCCUAUCAAUUUUUCAUUGUCAAAUUUUGACAUCGGAGUUGUUGUGUCCUUCGGUCAUUUAAUUCCAUCAUGGAUCAUAAAUACGUUUCCUCUGGGCAUGAUUAAUGUCCAUGCAAGUUUAUUACCACGAUGGCGAGGCGCUGCACCAAUUAUUUAUUCAUUGAUGAAUGGUGAUACUCAAACUGGAAUAACAAUAAUGAAAAUAAUGCCAAAAAAGUUUGAUAUUGGUGACAUUUUAGCACAACAAGUUGUUGAUAUAGAUCCUGAUGAAACGCAACCAGAACUUUAUAAUAAAUUAUCCAAAAUUGGGGCUGAUUUACUGAUAGAAACAAUGAAAAAUUUACCAGAUUCACUUUACUCUGGAAAACCACAAUCUGAAGUAAAUGCGACUUAUGCACCUAAAAUUACACGAAAAAUAUCAUCAAUUAAUUGGGAUGAACUGACAGCAAAAAAUGUAUAUGAUAUUCAAAGAGCGUUAACAGGAAUAUAUCCAUUGAUAACAAAUUUUGAAGGUAAUAAGAUAAAAAUAUAUGGAAUUAAAUUAUUUAACCAUCGAACAAAUAUGACAGCAACAUCAAAAAUUAUACCAGGACUUAUGUCAUAUGAUAAAAAAUUCGAUUUACUUAUAAUUCAGUGUGAAGAUGGUAAUUGGAUAUCUGUGAAUCAAGUAUCGAUGGCUAACCGAAAAAAAUUGUCGGCAAAAGAAUUUUACAAUGGAUUUUUAUCAAAAAAAUCAAAUCAAGUGGUUUUAAAAUAUUUAAACAGUUAGUUAAUCAACAAUAUUUUUUUGUCACUUAU